CCCCGCCAGCGCGCGCCCUGCGCUCGGGACCAGGCUGGAGCCGCGCGUGCCGCUCGCGGGGAGCCAGCCCGGGCGUCCGGAGUCGCGGCCGCAGCGCGGAACUGGCAGGGGUGCCCGCCUGGGCACGCAGUCGCCUCCCCGGGGCCCUCCAGGGCCUCACAGCGCUCGCCUCGCCCGCCCAGCCCCACCAGGCGCCACCGCCGUGGCCUGGGCAUGAGCGGCCGCCGCUAGCUGCGCCCUGCCCGGGACGGACGCCCGCCCGCCCCGUCACGUGCGCCCAAGUCCUCGCGGCCGGGGCAGCGCCGUUCCCUUGCUUCAAGAUAAGAAAACUGAACCCAGGCAGAGGCCUCUGACCCAAGGUCACCAGCAAGAGUAGAGCAGGACGGAGGCCCCUCAGGCUCGUGUCACCUGGGCCACAACUGAGUAGAAGAGUCCUGGAGUCCCCAGGGAGGAGGCUGAAGGCUGUUGAUGGAGAAGGGGGCGGAUGACAGCCGGGACCGUGGUCAUCACCGGGGGCAUCUUGGCAACUGUGAUUCUGCUCUGCAUCAUCGCUGUUCUGUGCUACUGCCGGCUCCAGUACUACUGCUGCAAGAAGGACGAGUCAGAGGAGGACGAGGAGGAGCCGGACUUCGCCGUUCACUCACACCUGCCCCCACUGCACUCCAACCGCAACCUGGUGCUGACCAACGGGCCGGCGCUCUACCCCACUGCCUCCACCUCCUUCAGCCAGAAGUCUCCGCAGGCCCGUGCCCUGUGCCGCAGCUGCUCCCACUGCGAGCCCCCCGCCUUCUUCCUGCAGGAGCCGCCGGAGGAGGAAGAGGACGUGCUGAACGGCGGGGAGCGCGUGCUCUACAAGAGCGUGAGCCAGGAGGACGUGGAGCUGCCCGCGGGGGGAUUCGGGGGCCUGCAGGCGCUCAACCCCAACCGCCUCUCGGCCAUGCGGGAGGCCUUCGCCCGGAGCCGCAGCAUCAGCACCGACGUGUGACCCGGGCCCGCCCCCGGGAUCCUGGCCUGGAAGGUCCUGAGACCAAGGGGGGAUUCCUGUGGCAUACCCACCUGGCCCCAGGCCUCAAGUGGGGCUUGGCUGAGCCCUCCUCAAAUCCCUGUCCUCAGGGGAGGCCCAGGCUUGGGGAGCCCCCAGGCUCGCGGCAGGGAUAAGGCUCACUGAACACAAAUGUGUCCUGGGGGGAGGCACAGCUUGGGCCUGGGGCUGGAAGGACCAGGUGACCAUACAGCCGGCCAGGCAUGCACCAGGCCUCUGAGGCACGGAGGCCACCAAUACUCCUGAUGCUUCCGUCUCAGACCCGACAACUUGGCCAUCCCAGGAGGUCUCCAUGUGUCACCCCCUCCCUGAGUCUCAGCCUUCUCACCUGCUCAAGGAAGGGAUGACCUCAGUGAGGCCCAGGGCCCUGCAGCAAGGCCCUCCCUGGCAAUUGCAGACCAAGGAUUCUGCCCCUCCACCCUGAACUCUGGCCUCUCUGUCUUCCUCUAUUUUUCCCUCUCUCUCUCUCUCCCCUACCUGUCUCUCCCUCUCACACACACACUCUCCAGGGUUCAAGUGCCAAAUAUCUGCCCAGGCUGAGACACAUUGUGCUGAGCCCCCUGCAGAUGGACAGGUUGCCCCCUAGAAGGGAGACUUUUAGGGGCAGCAGGGCCUUUGGGAUGCUCAGCCCUGACCGGCUUUUUAGGGGAAGAGGGAGGCAUGGGGAGAGGGAGAGGCCAUGUCGCAGCCCACCUGUCGUGGGAGAGGCAACGCCGAAACGUAUAGACCCAGUGCUCAGUCAGAAACAGGGCCAGCAAGCGGCAGUGCACGGAGGCAGCCCGGGGCUCGUUAGGUUGGGCAGAGCCGUGGCCCAGGGCUUGAAAACCCCCAAGUUCCCCAUGAAACUUGGCUGACCCUUCCCACCCCUGGGCCUCAGUCUCCCCAUCUUGUGUGAUGAGGGGCUGGUCACAGAGAGACCCUGAGGACAGAGGUCUUCAGGCUCUGGGUCUCAACAGGAACUGAGAUCUCCAAGGGAGACAGAGCUGCAGGUCACCUCCCCUACCUGCUUCUCAGCAGGACCUAGGAGGCCUGUCCCAGCUCCUGGUGGACCCCAAGCAGCUGGAGCCUACUGCUGCCAUCUGAAGACCUCAUCUGAGCCCACCCUCCCCCAACCACGCCCACCCAGGCUGAGGUCUCCUGGGAAUUUUCACCCGCUCUCCUGCUGCUAAGGAAAUGACGUCAGUGGCUACCCCAGAGAAAUGCCCCAAACCCCGGGACACCAGCUGUCAGGAAGGCAGCUCUUCCUUACCCAGAAAGAGGCAACUAUUUCCUCUCAGCAACCUGGCCCCAGGAGCCCCCUUCCCUCGCUGGGGCUCUCCCUCUCCUUCUGGGCCCUGCCAUGGAGCCCCAGGGCCGGGGCAGCCCCUCUCUGCCCAGGGAAGGCACCGUCCUCAAAGACAAGGCUUUGCAGGGCAGUGGCCUUCCCUGAGCUGAGGGGUGGCCUGCGCAGGACACGUCUUGCCCUUACUCAAAAACAAAAUCACCAGUUUCCAGAGGCGUCGGAAUGGCUGGCGAAGACAUAAUUGUUAUAUUUUCAGUUUUCCUCCUCUUACUUUCUCCCCUGCCUGGUUUGGAUAGGCCAGUGGCGUUCACCCUUGAGGUCUCUCGCAGCCCCGGCCCCCCGGGCCCGCCCACACCUCUGGCUUCCUCUGUGCAUCCUGUGAAGUCUGUUUCUGAUGCGUCAGCGUGGGGGGGGGGCUGGGGGGGGUGGGGGUGAGGGCCCAGAGCUGGCCCGUGCUGUGGCUGUUCUGAUUCAAUUUCCCACUUCCUUUCUGGUCUCCAUUCUCUCUGUAGAUACGUAGAUCUCUUUGAAACGAAGUAAACACCCAUCCCUCCCAGCUCACUCUUCUCCACCGUGGGGACCUGCUAGGGGAGCCGCUGGCUCCCUGAGGAAAGUGAAAGCCAAUAAAACAUCUCCCACACUGC